ACAUACUGUCGCAAAACGACGCAUCCCUGCACACCACUGGCCCUCCGCUGUCACUAGGCGUGGGAUAGCUGUAGAAUUACUUGAUAGAUGAAUUUGUGAUUUUUUUCUCUUGUUUACCUUAACCUGGUCUGAAGUGGACGCUGGGACAGGCUUUGAUCCACUCGAAGAACGCGGUAACGACGACAAACAAGGAUGUUUAAAAAAUUUGAUGAGAAGGAAAAUGUAUCCAACUGUAUCCAGCUGAAAACAUCAGUGAUCAAAGGUAUCAAAAAUCAGCUGUUGGAACAGUUCCCUGAAAUCGAGGCAUGGCUCAAUCAGAUAAUGCCAAAAAAGGACCCUGUGAAAAUAGUGAGAUGCCAUGAACACAUUGAAAUCCUGACAGUGAAUGGAGAGCUGCUUUUCUUCAGACAGAGAGAAGGACCGUUCUACCCAACCCUCAGACUGUUGCAUAAGUAUCCUUUUAUUCUUCCACACCAGCAAGUAGACAAAGGGGCCAUUAAAUUUGUUUUGAGUGGAGCCAACAUCAUGUGCCCCGGAUUGACAUCGCCAGGCGCUAAACUCUACCCAGCUGAGGCUGACACAGUUGUCGCCAUAAUGGCAGAGGGGAAACAACAUGCACUUUGUGUUGGUGUGAUGAAGAUGUCUGCAGAGAACAUAGAAAAAGUCAACAAGGGAAUCGGGAUUGAAAACGUCCACUAUCUGAAUGAUGGACUGUGGCACAUGAAGACAUAUAAAUGAUCACACCAGCCACUUGGAAAGUGUGUGGAGCUCCUGAUAUCGAAGCAUGAGCUGCCAGUCAACUGUUUACACCUAAAGACUUAGCUGUGUAACCUGCUGCAGGCUUUGAAUCAACCAUCACUGUCAUGCACAAAUAAAGAUCUUGCUUUAAA